AUGAACAAGAGAAAUAUUCUUUCUAGAUGGGAGGAAUUGAAACAUAAAUUCAAAUACAUUGAUCUAUUUGCUUAGCCAGUCCAAUUGACAUUCAAGGGUGAAGAUACUUACAAAACUAUGAUUGGGGCAGUAUCAUCUUUGAUGUUAAUAAUGUUAUUGCUUUCUUACGGAGUUUUUAAAGCUGUUUUUAUGUUUAAUCGCAUGAAUCCUUCAGUUCAGAAAGUAUCAUUACUAAGAGAUAUGUCUGACGGAUUGAUUUUUAAGCCAUAGGAUCUAGGGUUUGAUUUUGCCUUUGGAUUAUCACAAAAUUUAGAGCCAAGUAUAGGCUAUUUUACAGUUAGAUAGCAAGUGAUAUUUGAAACAGAUAUGAUUGAUGAUCAAGGUAAGAUUGUUAUUGAAAAAUUAAAAAGAGAUGUUAAAUUCUCUAAGUGUUAAAGAAAGCAUCUAAAUCAUACUAAUUAAGCUGACGUUGUUGCAAAUGGAAUUUCCAAUUUUUAUUGUAUUGAAGAUAAUACCUACUAAUUUUCUGGAAAUUAUUAUUAGAGAACCUUCGAGUAUGUCGAGAUCAAACUUUGGAAGUGCUAAAAUUAAUCUUCGCCAAAUGCAAUCAAUAAUAAUUAAAAGGUUGUUUGCUAGGAUAAAAAAAUAAUUGAUCAGUUCUUCGACAACGAUACUUUUAGUUUUGCCUAUGUCAAUACUUUUUUUGAUUAAAAUAAUUUCAAUGAAGAGAAAUAGUUUAAAAAGUUCGUAGAUGACUCUCUUUUCUUCCAUUUAGAAUCUCAGAGAAUAAAGAAAGCUAAUUUUUACAUUUAACUUUAAGAGGCAAAUAUGUAGGAUGACUAUAUUCAGUUUGGCUAGGCUCAUAAUUACAAAUUUUUUCAUGUAGAAAAUAUUAGAACCUAUGAUGAUAGUUACACUGAGGAAGAUGGGAAUGUAGUAACAGUCUAUCUAAGAUUAGAUAAUCACUAUGAUGUCUAUUAGCGAAAGAUAUAUAGUAUUCUAGAAUUAUUAGCUGAGUUAGGAGGUUUAUAUAGAUCAUUAUUUACUAUCGGGCUCUUAUUCAUUGGACUUAUUGCUUAGAAACUAUUUCUCAUAGAUAUUAUGCAUAGCACUUACCAAGUUAGAAAAAUACUCAAUCAUGAUGAUGAAAAUUGUAAGCAUGGUUUAAUCUUUGAUCGAAAGAAAGGAUUUGUUCUUAAGCCAUCAAGUCCUAAGAAAAAUAAUAAUGAAUUUUAGAAAUAAAAAGUUGACUCAAGUGUCUUCAAAUCACCAAAGGCAGGAAAUAAAGUUGACUUAAGUCUUAAAUUUAAAUAUUAAAGUCCAAAAGCUGCUGCAGACCUUGACUUUGAUGACAAUGUAUAGCAGACUGAGAGAAUUUAAACUGAUAGAGAUGAGCUUGGUGUGUUCUAAACUAACCAUUAAGAUAGCUUUAGAUUUUUAAAAGAACUAAGAUCUUAAGAUGUGAAGGAUUUGCUAAGAUCAUUCAUUUAUCGAAUGAGAUUUACUUACAGCUACAAAUUACUGUUUAUUUACAUCUUAAGAUGCUUCUGCUGCCGAGACUUAAGAAAAUCUAAAAGUCACCACUCCUUCAAAAUGCAUUACUUAUAUUAAAAAGGUGAAGAGAAGUUAGGAAUGGACUUAGAUGUUGUUUAACUUGUCAAGACACUUAGGUAGUUUAAGCUUUUAUCAUAAGCAAUCUUGAGUCAGCAACAUAGGAUGCUGCUUAGAUUUUAGAGACAAAGUUUGAUUGAAACAUCAUCAGAUUCUUCUGAUUCAGAUGACAAUCAUUUAGAUCCCUUGAGGCUAAUAGAGAGUCCCAACCCUAUAAUAAGAUUAGUGACCCUUGGCAAACUAAAACGAAUGAUGAAAUCACUUAGGGGUAAAAAGAUAUAAAAAAUUGAAAGAAAUCUAUUAAGGGGUGUAUUCUAAAGAAAAAUCAAAGACUAUGAGGAGGAUUAAAGAUAGAGAAAUAAAUAAAUGACACUUAUACAAAAGCUUUAUCAGUAAAAUGAUAUACUAGAUACUGAAUAGAACUAUUAAGAUGAAGUUAGCAAUCAUAUAUUUCAUUCUUAGAGUAAUCUAGGGGAAAAUGUUAUUGAAGAAUUUGAGGAAGAUAUUCCAGAGAAAAACUUUAUAACCAAAGACUUUGUAAAAUCAUCGUAAUUAAGGGCUUUUGAAAAAUAGUAUUGA